UAUCCUAGGUUUUAGUGUCAGAAUUAUUUAGGAGUUGCCCAGGAGAUGGCGCUCCAACAUUAGUUAUAGUGUUUGGGUACCGUUAAGCUAAGGUAGAAGAAGUGCGAUUCUACAUGAGUUAGAAGCAUAGCAGAGUCCGAUGUGGUCACCUGUGUAACCGUUAAAGAUUAAAAAUACUUAACAGUCUACAGUGAGACAGUUUGUUUGUACGAAGUUAUUACAUCUUUUUGGCGACGAGGAUUUAACCGCUGAGGUGGAGGCUUGAAGAUUGAAAUGCAAAUCAGACGUGAGUGCUGCAGUGUGGGAUUGCUAACAAAGUGAGGGAGAAACAACGUGACUUGAACUGGUAAGAGAGAGAGAGAGAGAAAUAACGGAGGAAGAAUGGCUACUAUUGGCACGCUAGCGGCGUUUGAUGUAAAAAAUCAGACGUGGGAGGAAUACUGUGAAAUAAUGGAGCAGUUCUUUGCGGCCAAUCAGAUUAGCGACCGAGAUAGGCAAAGAGCCGUACUCAUAAGUGUCGUUGGGCCAACCACAUACAGUUUGAUGAGGAGCCUCGUAAGCCCAGAUAAGCCAAAGGACAAAACUUACCAGCAACUGGUGGCAUUGUUAAAAAAUCACUUUCAUCCAAAGCCUAGCGAAAUUGUACAACGAUACAAAUUUGAUUCACGCACUCGGAAACCAGAAGAAUCUGUAAUGGAAUAUGUAGCAGAGCUGCGCAGGCUAGCGCAGGAUUGCAACUAUGGUAACAAGUUACAGCAAAUGUUGAGGGACAGGCUCGUGUGCGGGAUCAAUGAUGAGCGCAUUCAGAGACGUCUGCUGUCAGAAACAGAGUUAACUUUUGACAAAGCGUUGUCCAUUGCGGUAGCAGUAGAGACUGCAAACAAAAAUGCCCAGGAUCUGAAAAAUCCAAGUGCGUCCGUGAAAUUCAUUAAAACAAAGAAAGGUACACAGGAGUCUAGUGCUUUCAAAGAAUCAGGGAAUGAGUGUUAUCGGUGCAAGGGAACCAGACACAAUGCGGCAAACUGUAAAUUCAAACAAGAGAAAUGUCAUGCUUGUGGUAAAGUAGGACAUAUUGCAAGAGCGUGCCGUGGAAAAAACACACUGAAUCAGGGAAGCAAAGAACAUGGGGAUGUAAAGAGAGAAAAGAAGCGGGGCUCAUACCACCGUUCGCACAAUGUGCAUGAAAGGCUGGACACCAGUGAAAGUGAUAGCUCAGACGAAGAGACACUCACACUGCAUUGCAUGAAGUUUCGAUUAGGCCAAAUGAGCGACGUACAUUUAAGAAGAGUAGACCCCUACAUGGUUGAGAUGAAAAUUAAUGGGAAAGGUGUUUGUUUCGAAAUAGACACCGGCUGCAGUCUCACUGUUAUGAAUGAGCAGACAUUACAAAAGCUGUGGAAAGAUACAAAAUGCCCCAAAGUGAAGCCAGUGAAAAUUCACUUGGAGACUUAUACAGGCGACCCUGUUAAGGUGAUAGGAGUUGCAUCAGUCAGAGUUAAAUACAAGAAGCAAAGCUGCACGCUGCCCCUUGUGGUGGUUGAAGGAAACGGCCCCAGCUUACUAGGGCGUAGCUGGUUGGAGAAAAUCAAAAUAAAUUGGAAAAAAAUAAAAGACAGCCGCAAAGCCUGUGAUUUACAGCAUAUGAAAACAGAGACAAAAACACUACAGCAAGUGUUAAGCGAACAUGAGAACGUGUUUAAAGAAGAAUUGGGCACGCUGAAAGGCACCAAGGCCACUAUUCACGUUAAGGCUAACGCAGUUCCUCGUUUCUUCCGCCCUCGGUCAGUCCCAUAUGCCAUGCGGGCCAAGGUUGAGGAAGAAAUAGACAGGCUGUUGAAAGAAAAAAUAAUCACACCGGUGAAAUGGGCAGAAUGGGCUGCACCUGUCGUCCCCAUCGUGAAACCGGAUGGACAUAUAAGACUGUGUGGAGACUACAAGCUGACCGUAAAUACGGUGUCGUCACUAGAACAAUAUCCAAUACCCCGGGUGGAAGAUCUAUUCACAGCGCUGUCAGGCGGAAAACAAUUCUCUAAAUUAGAUAUGAGUCACGCAUACCAACAAAUACUCAUGGAUGAAGAGUCUAAGAAAUACUUGGUAGUUAAUACACACAGAGGGCUGUUUACAUACAAUAGACUCCCAUUUGGAGUUGCUUCCGCUCCCGCCAUUUUUCAAAGAACCAUAGAAGGUCUCUUAAGAGGGAUUCCACGAGUGGCAGUAUACCUUGAUGACAUACUCCUGAGUGGAGUGGAUGAGGCAGACCACCUGAGAAAGCUGGAGGAGGUUUUGACUAGGCUGGAAGAGGCAGGAUUGCGUUUAAAAAGGAGCAAAUGCACGUUCCUACAAGAGGAAGUGGAGUAUCUGGGACAUAGGGUGGAUGCUCAGGGGCUUCAUCCUGUGAGGAAAAAAGUGAAAGCCAUCAUGGAGGCGCCCCCUCCCUCGAAUGUCACUGAACUUAAAUCAUAUUUAGGUUUAUUAAACUACUACAACAAAUUUCUCCCCAAUCUGGCAACCCUGUUGGCCCCUCUACAUGAACUCUUACGACACAAUGUGCACUGGAAAUGGCACAAAGAACAGGAAGAGGCCUUCCAAAAGUCUAAAGCCUUAAUGAACUCAGCAGAAGUGUUAGUCCAUUACUCGGCUGACCGAGAUUUGAUCAUGUCAUGUGAUGCUUCACCUUACGGGGUAGGUGCUGUUUUAUCACACCUGAUGGAAGAUGGCAGUGAACGUCCUUUGGGGUUCAUGUCACGAACACUGUCGCCUGCUGAAAAGAGGUACUCACAAUUAGACAAAGAGGGAUUGGCAGUUAUAUUUGGUAUUCAGAAAUUUCACAAAUACCUUUAUGGACGAGCGUUUACAAUCCACACAGAUCAUAAGCCAUUGAUCUCUCUCUUCAAUGAAAAAAAACCCAUACCACAGAUGGGGUCCCCAAGAGUUCAAAGAUGGGCUGUGCAUUUGAGUGCCUAUGAAUAUAACAUAGUGUACAAACCAGGAAAACAGAAUGCAAAUGCUGACGCAUUAAGUAGGCUGCCUGUGUCUGAAGUAGGGCGUGAGGAAGCGAAAGAGCAAGUCUUGAUGAUGGAUCUUCUGGAUGAUACACUCAUAGACACGACUCGGAUUAAGCGCUGGACAGCGAAAGACGUAAUAUUGUCCCAAGUACAUUCUCACGUGUUGAAAGGGUGGCCGACAGAGGUAGAUUCCAGUGUAAAGCCAUUUUAUCAGCGAAGGAUGGAACUAAGUGUACGGGACGGAUGCGUACUUUGGGGCGCUAGAGUAAUUAUACCCACCAAAGUUAGAGAAAAAAUUCUAAAGCUGCUGCAUCAAACCCACUCUGGCAUGUCAAGGAUGAAAGGACUGGCUCGAUCGUAUGUAUGGUGGCCUGGAAUGGAUCAGGAUGUUGAGAGGGAAGUGAUGUCAUGCGAGGAGUGUCAAAAACACCGCAAGUCACCACCCGCCGCGCCGUUACAUCCUUGGGAGUGGCCAGAGUCGCCAUGGUCAAGGAUCCAUGUGGACUACGCAGGGCCCUUCCAAGGUGAGAUGUUUCUGUUGAUUGUGGAUGCGUACUCUAAAUGGCUAGACAUCUACCCAGUGAAGACGUCCACUUCCCAGGUUACUAUAGAAAAGCUAAGGCAGAGUUUCAGUGUUUUUGGAUUACCGAAAAUGUUGGUGUCUGACAAUGGAACGUGUUUCACAAGUGCUGAAUUUGAGUUCUUCAUUAAACAAAAUGGCAUCAAGCAUGUGAGGUCAGCACCAUUCCACCCUUCUUCGAAUGGGCUGGCAGAGAGGGCGGUCCAAACUUUCAAAGAGGGGAUGAAAAAGAUGAAAGGUGAUUCGGUGCAAACCAGGUUGUCAAGAUUUCUGUUCAGUUACCGUAUCACGCCUCAUGCGACAACAGGUCUCUCACCGGCAGAGUUGAUGAUGGCACGACGACUCCGAUCUGUUUUUGACCUGCUGCUGCCAGACAUGAAAUCAAAAGUGCAGGAAAAGCAACUGAAACAAAAACAGGCCCAUGACACAAGCAAAAGACUGAGAAGUUUCUCACCAGGGGAUAAAGUGUUCAUCAGAAACUACUCUUAUGGUCCUAAAUGGAUCCCUGCUGUCAUUCAGGAUGCCUCUGGUCCAGUGUCAUAUACUGUCAUCAUUGGAAGUGGCCAAACAAUGAAGAGGCAUGUGGAUCAAGUGAGAGCCAGAUUAUCUGACACUGUGCCAAAUCAAGAGCCUGAGGGAGAAUUGGAGCUGUUGUCAGGUCUGGAUGGUGCUGUGGGCUCUGAGGCAUCAGGGACGGCAGAGACAGAAGAACAACCUGUGAGUGAGCCGGAUCAGCAGUCUACAUCAGGGGUCGAAGUUCCACCAGGUCCACCAGUGGUCACAGAGGUGCGACGCUCAGAGCGGGGGAGACGGUCACCUCCGCAUCUAAAAGACUUUGUUAGAUAGAGUGAGAUCUUUUCCAGGAAUAGAGCAACAAUGCGCUCUGAUCUCACUGGAAGGACGUACCUUCCUAGUUAGGAACUUGUUUUUAAAAAAAAAAAAAAAAAAAAAAAAGAAAGAUGUUGAAAUGUUGAAUGUUUAUGACCUUUGUAUUGUUGACACCUGUUUAAACUAGGAGAGCAUGUGACACAGGCCUUAAGCAUAUAAUGAGUUUUUCGCUUAAAGGUGGGGGAGAUGUGAUAUCCUAGGUUUUAGUGUCAGAAUUAUUUAGGAGUUGCCCAGGAGAUGGCGCUCCAACAUUAGUUAUAGUGUUUGGGUACCGUUAAGCUAAGGUAGAAGAAGUGCGAUUCUACAUGAGUUAGAAGCAUAGCAGAG